GACACUCAAUAAGUGCGAAAGUUGAAAACUUUGUUUCUCAAUCCCUGGCUCAUUUCUGAUUUUUUCCCGCCAUGGAAUCCAUGGAAAUCGACUCCGAUAAGGUUCAGCAACGGAAGCAAUCGAAUUACAGUUACCUGGAUGAGAGAUUCGAGAUACAAAAGGAGAUGUACAGAGGGCAGCAAUACAGUCAGAUUUACUUUGCUCGUCUUCAUCUCAUGAGAACUCUCCUCUACUCCUUUGCUCCUACCUGGAAACCCCAUUUGCCUGUAUGUAAGGUUUUGGGACUUGAAGAAGGAAAAGAAUGCAUCAUUGUAGGAACCUUGUUCAAACACAUGAAGCUUAAACCCUGCGUUCUCGAUGAAUACUCUAAAGAGAGGUCAGUUACUCCGCUUGUUAAACCUCAUAACUUUAUGCAUCCUGAUGAUAAUCUGAUCCUAGAAGACGAGAGUGGGAGGGUUAAGCUUGGCGGCUCUGCACUUUCACCCGCGAUAUAUGUGACAGGUGUUGUUGUUGCAUUGCAUGGGAAGGAAACUAGUGCUGGUGAAUUCUUUGUUGAAGAUGUACUAGAAGCUGGUUUACCACCUCAGAUAGAGCGACCUUUGGAUCUGCAGGAAGAUAAAUACGUUUUAUUAUUGUCGGGCCUGUGCAUUGGUAGCACUUCAUCUAAUCCUCUGCAAUUUCAGCUUCUUGUUGACCAUAUAACUGGGCAUCUCGGAGAUGAUGAGGAAAUAGGCCUUGCAUCCCAGAUAGUUCAUGUGGUAAUUGCUGGAAACUCUGUUGAAUUUCCCCGUAAACUCUUUACCGGACAGAACUUGGCCUCGAAAGAUCAAUCAACACUGUAUGAGCCCAUCAAAGAGCUUGAUAUCAUGCUAAACCAGGUUCGCAAAUACAUAACGAACACUCAAAAACCGAAAUGUGUAUUGACAAAUCUGAUCCAUAGGCCGUUUUCUUUUGCUCAGCCUCUGAACAGAUGCCUUUUCCCUGGAUCAGCACCUUAUAACACCUUCAGAUCAUGUACAAACCCUCACUCCUUUGAUGUCGAUAAUAUCAGAUUUCUUGGAACUUCUGGUCAGAAUAUCGAUGACCUUGAAAAGUACUCAGAGGCUGAAAGCAAGCUUGAUUUUGUCGAAAGAACACUGAGGUGGAGACAUCUUGCUCCCACUGCACCUAAUACACUCGGUUGUUAUCCAUUCACCGACAGAGACCCUUUCCUGAUUGAAACCUGCCCUCAUGUCUACUUCGUUGGGAAUCAAGAUAAAUAUGACAACCGUUUGUUAAAAGGAUCGGAAGGUCAGCUGGUCCGGUUGAUAUGCAUUCCUAAAUUCUGUGAGACCGGUAUUGCUGUUGCGGUGAACCUAAGGAAUCUGGAAUGUCAUACCAUUAGCUUUAGCACUCAAAUAAGCUAAUCAUAACAUUGAGUUGCUACUAUGUGGUAAUCUUAAUUUCCAAGUUCUAACCAAGUGUAAUUUCUUGAGAAAUAGCUUAUCAUCAUAUCUAUGGUUGUAUUGGUCAAUGUCUCAUUCGGAUAUUUUGUCGACGUUGUGGUAAAUCUAGAUUUGUACUGAACGAAAGAAAUUGGCUUUUUGUUUUUUACUUUUAAUAAUAAGAAUAUGGACGUGAGUUUUUUA